AUGUUUGCACAGGUGGAUUGGUACGCAGGAUAUGAGCAGUUUGUCAAGCGCAAUCUGACUCUGCUCCCCCACCAGGACCCAGUACAGCAGCCCCAAGUGCUGCCCCAGCCCCAGCACCCUGACAUUAUGACGUCAAUGUUCGACCAGCAAAUCAAGAGUGAACCAAUGGGAUUUUAUUCAGUAGCCUCAUCGCGCUCAGACGGUUCGAAUUCAAUGGUCAAUUUGUCUGACGAUCGUGAGGAUUUAUCGCAGCAGGAGGAGCACAUACAGAGUCAACAGACGAUGCAUCAGCAGCAGCAGCAGCAGCAGCAGGCGAACCCCCAGCAGCAGCAGCAACAGCAGCAGCAGCAGGUGAACCCCCAGAGUCAGCCUGCAGUGCAGAACGUCCCCCACAACGGGCCCUCGCGCCAGUCGACAGGCCAGCAGACAGUGAAAGAGGGCAGUCGAUCAAAGCCCCAGCCCUGCAAAGUCUGCGGCAAAGUCCUCUCCUCAGCCUCGUCCUACUACGUACACAUGAAAUUACACUCUGGCAACAAGCCCUAUCACUGCACAGUGUGUGAGGCAAGUUUCUGCCGAAAGCCAUACCUCGAGGUGCACAUGAGAACGCACACCGGUGAGCGUCCAUUUCAGUGUGAAUUAUGCCUGAAAAGAUUCACCCAGAAGAGCAGUUUAAAUACUCACAAACGUGUGCACACAGGUGAACGUCCAUACGCCUGUGACAUAUGUCAAAAGCGUUUUGCUGUUAAAUCAUACGUAACAGCACACCGCUGGAGUCACGUCGCUGAAAAACCCCUUGUUUGUGAUCGUUGCUCAUUGACAUUUACAUCGAAGAGCCAAUUUGCCAUACACAUUCGUACACACACAGCAUCAACAACGUACGAGUGUAAUAUAUGUGGACGUACAUUUGUACGCGAUAGUUACUUGAUACGCCAUCAGAAUCGUGUGCAUCGUGAUAUGAAUCAGAGUAAUGCCAAUCACAAUCCAUCAACGCCACAGAGCAGUGGUGGACAGACACCUGGCACUGGAUUUGAGAGUCCUGUUUGUGAUUUACGUUACAAUGAGGGACCAUCGUCGUUGGAUGGCCUCGGUGGUGGCAAAAGUAUUGCUGUUGAAAUAGCGAGUUUAGGAAAACAAAAUAGCCUACAGCUACCAGUGCCACUUUUGCAUCCACAAACAACUAACUAGUGUUUAAACGGCAGUGAAAAUCAGUCUCUGCCGUUACAACAAUCGUCACCGCAGCUAGCUGUUUGUCAGUCAUCAGCGUCAUCACCUUAUAAUGUUAGUUCACCGUUGCAGCAAGAUCAAACGACAACGCAGAGUGUUUAUCAGGGAUCCCAUGAGUCGUCUGGAUCUAUUGACAGUCCAGAGUCACGUUAUUCACAUUUGGAACAGGUGGAGCAUGAGUCACAGCAGCAUCAGAUUUAUCAUGAACAUCGUGGAAUACCACCACCUGGACUACAUCCAGCACUUUAUCUGUAUGCUCAGUACACUAAUACGAGUACUACCAUUAAUUAUCCCGAGUAUAUUCAACGCAACAACUAGGAGAACUAUUUUAUUGUCGAGGAGUUUUCGGGAACGUGGGUAGGCGUUUUUAUGCUGGCAGCGGUUUUUGUAGAAUUAUACAUUUGGAGGAUUUUUGCGUGGAUACGUCUAAAUGCUGAGGAGGUUUAAUACUUUUAAUACUUCGGCAGUCGUCUGGGGUUUAGAGAAGCUGAAUAAGUGAACAGGCAUCGGCAUCAAUCAUGAGAUUGUUAAUGUUAUGACAAGUUACACGUUAAAAUAAUUUAUUUAUUCAUUUAUUUAUUGCUGUAUGCAGACUCAACAGCCCAGACGCCAAUUAUAGUUAAAAGAACAUAUUAGACAUAUAUUAAAAUAUAUAAAAUAUAUUAAAAUAUGUAAAUCGAGAUGAAGAUGAUAAGAUCAGAUGCAGAAAAAUUGAGAAAAAUUUUGAGGUGUGGAUAAUUGAAGUUUACUAAUCUUCACUGAAAUUUGAAAAGAAUAAAAUAAUCGAGGAUCUGAAUUUUCAUUGACUAUGAAUUAAAUAAUUCAUAA